AUGGAUCUCCUGCGCGGGGCUUACGGGGCUCCGUCCGACGAAGAGGACGACGAGGGCACGACCGUUGGCCCGGCUGCGAAGCGGGUCCGGUCAGAAGGUUAUCCCCAGCAGGUGUUGCCUCCUCCGGCGGUACGCCGUCGGGAAUUUAGCGGCGCCGGUGUUCCUAGUGAGCUCGUCUCCGCAGGGGGGAGGUACGUUUCUAAGAGGGAGCGGGCGCGACUGGCAGCAGAGGCAUCGUCUUCUUCUGGAAUCACCGAGCUCAAUACUCCAGUUAGCACGUCGGUCACGACCCCUGGUUUUCUGGCUCUUACUCUCCUCUGUUUUAGUUUCGUCUUUUUCGUACUGCCCUCUUUUGUUUAACGUGAACUAGUUUGAUUUUAGAUCUUGUGACGUGCUCGCAUCUAAGAUGAGGAUAUCUUUACAUAAAUACAUUUCAGAUCUUUCUCAGUAGACUGUGAAUUCUACCAAAGGCUUUCCGACGAACAAUUUCGUUGAAGAUUUUACUAUUCAGAAACUCUCAGGGGAGAAAAUUUCAAGCGCAGAAAAUUUAUUAUCCGCUUAAUUGCUUCAUGGAUGGUCUUUCCUGUUGUUCGUCGUUGUCAUCGACCACAUCCUAAUCAAUCGGGGUUAUAGAGUGUGAAUCUCAAUUCCAUUUUCCCCUCUAUCUCAUGAAAAGACAGAUUCUACGUACCUAUUUUCAUAUUUUAUUCUCUGCCUUUAUCCAAAAUAUCUUCUUUUAGAGUUUCACAAGAAUUGAUAUCAGAGGCCUCUUAACAUGCGCCAUUUGUCCCUGGACACGUACUUUCGUGGGUCUUCUCCACAUGUUACGAUUGUCUCAAACCUCUUCCAUAGACUUGAUGUCCUUAAUUAGUUCUAUCAUUGCCCAGAAAUUUGUCUCAUACUGUACUUUUCUGUCUUCGUGCGUAUCUAAUUAUACACUUUUAUCUUGUUAACAUUGUUUUUCUCGUAGACGUUGUCUGAAAAUAGUAAAUAUAUUUCUUAUGCAGAAUAAAUGCAAUCCGUUCAUUCAGAAAAGUGACCAAAAGAUAAAAAACCACAUCUAAUCCUCCAUUCCUUUGAACCAUGACGAGGGAACCAUUGAUUUGUCAUUAUUCUCGUUUUUAGAAUCAUUUUUUCGUACGUAUAUAAUGACUCAAGCCCAUCUUACAUUGGACUUGAGUUAGGUUGCUUCUCUGUUAUGUUUUAUAUGUCAUCUUAUGCUAAACCUGAUUUUUUGCAGGACUCACUACUUUUUUUUUUUUUGGGAAAGUAUUUUUCCUCUCUUGCGACAGCACUGAUAUCUUUUUGUACAUAUUCUUUCUUUUAUUGUAUUCCUAUCUUUUCCAUAUGUCCCGCUGAUACCUUUUUCCACUGGCUCUAGUGGUUAGAGGCAUCUCGGAUUUGGACAUACCACAUAAUGCGUUAUCGAUAUUGAGGCAUCAAGUGAAGGACAAUGUGAGACAUGACAAAGAGUCCAGGAAACCCACUGUUGUACUAAGUGGCCACAAAAAGGCGGUCAAUGCUGUACAAUGGUCUCGUACUCAUGGUUAGUAAGUAAUUUUUAUGUCAUCUCAUGUUCUCUUUUUUAUUUUAUUUUUUGUUGAAGUGAUACUCUUUUUCUUUUCUCAACGAAUUCCUGAACUACUCGACUAUCAAUUGCUGUUGUUCAUCAUAGUCUUUGUUUAUUCAGCUAAUUUGUGCUUCUUUCAUGAUAUUAAUAUUUGAGCAGAAUUUUGUCGAUUGGGCUAACAAUUUUUUUAUUAAAGUAUAAGAAUAGUAAUAUUUGCCUGCUCCUGUCUUUUGCAUAAUUUAUGUGAUUCCUUUGGGUUGAGUGUAUCUCGCUGUUCCUGCAAACAAUUUCAGGAUUGUUGACAUGGCUGACAUCAAAUGUGGUGGACACUGGAUAAUACUUAUGAUUAAUUGACCAUCGUUAGUAAAUAUUUUACAAUAUUACGUUAUUUUAUUUCUAUUAAUGGUUGCUUUAAUUUAUGUUCCUUUUCUCCAUUGUUUUGUUCUUGAUUCCUCGUGUUUUGCACAUGUAUGCUCAUUCUAGGUCUUCUAUUAUUUGACUUCAUAUUAUCUCGACAAUUCAAGUGCUUCUUAAUUGCUUUAAGCAUCCAGUUUCUUUCUCUAACUUUCUGUUUUCUAUAGCUAUGAACUUGGUUGACUUUUAAUGCCAUAUCUCUUUUCUGGUGGCCUAUUGUUUUGUUGGGUCUUGGCACCUCAGCUUUUGAUUCAGUGGACGAGGCUUGAGAAUAAUGACGUCGAUGCCACUAAUGAUAAUGGUUCUUGAGUAAAGUGUUUGCUUGGUGCCUGCGAAUUGUGUUUCUUUGUUUGUGACUUUAUUAAUAUAGUUCGUUACUCUGAAGGACAUUGGUUUAAUUCUCAAUGUACAGUGCUAGAUUCCAUUUCUGUAGACAGAGAACUGACAUUCUUGCCAGCUUGCAAUGUUUCUGUGAUUUAAAGCAUAACAGUAUCGUCUCACUUAGUCAAAAUGAACUAUGACGCCUUAGCUAUAAUAUGCCUUUUUUGGUCAGGGUCAAUCAUCUGUUAGAUGCUUGCGGAGGAACCUUUCAAGAGAGCAUUUUGCAGGUUUCAUUACUGAUAAUCUAUUAGCGACACAGCCCACACAACCUACUAACCCCUCGGAUAUUUUACAUUCUAACUGUCUGGAAAAUUGAUCCCUAUCUAGUAGGGGAUUAGUAAACUCAUGGAGUGACAAUUUUUUUCCCCUUAAGACUGAAAAGAGAGCGGGCAAUUGCUUGUUAGAUGCCAUAUUUUUCUAUCAUAGAAAGUGGAUCAUAGGAUAUUGUUUCUUAUCCCUUGUGGAACCCCCCCUCUGGGCGGUCUGGAUGGAGAGACAUAAAUCUAAUCUUCAGAAGGAAACUUCCUCUACUACUGAGGUUUAACGGGCAUAUGAGACAAGGUCAAGGAACAGCUGGAAAUCUUGUGUUGCAAAGUAUUCCUAUUUGAGAGUUGAUGGAACUCGCGCUUAUGGAUGCUCUCUUUUUAAUUAUAUAUUGUUGUGGGAUCUGCUCACGUUCGAGAUAAUUUAUGAAAAACUACACCUAAAGCUUGUGAAACCUUGUUUUCUAGGAGAACUUUCACAUUCUCCAUCAAUAUACCUCGCUUUCCAUUUCUAACAUGAUGUGAUGAAAAUGGCCGCAGCCCAUCUCCUUGCUUCUGCUGGCAUGGAUCAGACUGUCUGUGUGUGGAAUGUAUGGAGUCAAGAGAAUCAAAGGGCACGCGUCCUUACAUAUCACGCUGCUGCAGUGAAGGAUGUGAGAUGGUCUCCAAGAGGGUUGUCUUUGCUUUCAUGUGGGUAUGACUGCUGUUCUCGGAUGGUUGACGUUGACAAGGGGGUAGAAGAACAGGUUUUCAAGGAGGAUCAAGUCGUGGACGUCGUCAAGUUCCACCCAGAUAACCCGAACCUCUUUCUUUCAGGUGGCUUGAAGGGCUCCCUCCGGCUCUGGGAUAUAAGGACCGGAAAUGUAGCCCAGGAGUAUAUUAAACCCCUUGGCCCUAUACUUGAUGUUGAGUUCAGCCCUGAUGGCAGGCACUUCAUUUCCUCCAGUGACGUCUCCCAAAGUAAUGCCAGCGAGAACUCAAUCAUUGUAUGGGAUGUGUCGAGACAAAUUCCAUUGUCAAAUCAGGUAAUUGACUUCAUCUAGAAUUCUGUGGUUUAUUGUCUUUUUGGUUGAUGCCUCUAAGUAUUUUUGCCUAGCUUUACUUUUUUUUUUUUUUUUCUCUGAAACCCAAGUUUCUCUGAGGGAAAUAGAACUCAUCAAAUGACAUAACUGUCUCAUUUAAUGUUUCAUAUAUAUAUAUAUAUAUAUAUAUAUAUAUAUCUAAUAUCGCAUAUUUCAAUAUAUAAUGUUCUUUUUCUCUUACUUUUAUUGAGUUAUUUCGCCUUGGGCUUCUUUCUUUUUGGGGCUAGAUGCAAAGGAUCCUUUAUUUCUUUUUUCUGGUUACAUCCACUCUUGGAAACUUCCAUACACUUCUUUCCAUACUUGGCAUCUGCCAGAAACCUUGUUGUCUUACAGAAAUUACAGUGGAUAUUGAUUCUUGUCAUAGCUGGUGGUGCUCUCUGUUUUCCAUUUUCUUAAAGAAACUUGAACAGAAAAGAGAACGCGAUCUCAAAUCGUUGAAGUGUUCAUCUGAUUCCAGCAUUGGUCGCUUGGAUGAUCUUUUUCUAGAUUGUGAGUGACCGAUUUAACCCUGUAAUCUGUUGCUGGGAAGUAUAGCUGCUCUUUUCUUUUUCAAGGAAAAAAUAAAAUCUACCUUUACAUCAUUCAACAAAUUAGUUCCGAAGUUGACAUUUUUACCAUCCUACAUAAACUGGCACAAACGCCACAAAAAAAAGAGUCAACUGUUAUUAUAGAAUAGAUUGCAUGAAAUUGACAUCACUUCUGCUGUCCAGCUUCCACAAAUUUAUAGAUCCUACUUGAGAUUCAUGGAAGGUUACGUUUUUUUCAUCUCUUUUCCUUUUCUUUUUUAAUGGUAGAAAAACUAAAAUGCUUGUUUUUCUGUGGAGGGGAAAGGGGUUGACCCUAGCUAGAGAGGAAAUUAGCAUCGUGCCUAUCACUCUCCCACCUCAUAUAAUAGCAUCGAUGAUGUAUUAUUCAAUCCUGGUUUGAAAUUCCUUUUUUAGAGCAAAAAGUAGAGUCAACUUUUAGGGCCCAACCGGGUUCGAACCGGUGACCUCUUGAUCUGCAGUCAAAUGCUCUACCACUGAGCUAUGGACCCAGUGUGAGAUGAGUUGCGAUAAGUCUUAUAGAACCGACAAAUCUUUCAUGCCCUCUCUCUCUCGUACUCAUUUAUAUAUAUAUGUUUACGUUUAUUUCAGGUUUAUGUGGAGGCGUAUACUUGCCCAUGCGUGAGGUACCAUCCAUGGGAGUCAUGCUUCGUGGCGCAGUCGAACGGGAAUUACGUGGCAAUCUUCUCGGGGAGGGCGCCCUUCAAGCUAGACAGGUACAGGAGGUUCGAAGGGCACUGGGUCUCCGGAUUCCCGGUCAGGUGCGACUUCAGCGCCGACGGGGACGUUCUCGGCUCCGGCUCGGCCGACGGCGCCGUCUACCUCUAUAGCUUCCGCUCCUCAGAGCUCCUCACGAAGAUGGACGCCUUCGGGGACGCCUGCGUCGACGUGGCCUUCCAUCCCGCCGUUAAGGGCGUCGUAGCCGCUUGCGGAUGGGACGGUGGGGUUGCUGUCUUCCGGUGUUAA